AUGGCUCCCAAAACGGCACUGCUGGUGGUCGAUAUGCAAGUCGUCUUCGAGCCCAUGACCACAACGGCCCUUCCAAACAUCAUCAUGCUGUGCGAGCAUUUUUCAGCGACCUCGGCGCCCAUUGUGUUCACGAAGCACGGCCAUCCGAAGGUAGAAAUGGUCCCAGAUUCGCGCAGCCAACUGGUCCGCAAGUGGGGGGUGUCUGGCUCUAUCGGCGAAGGCUCGCCCAAGGGAGAGAUCAUGCCCAAGUUGCAUAAAUUCCUGCCUCGGAACUAUCUGAAUAGAACAGCCGAGCAAUGCCAACCACAACAAAAACAACAGGUCACCAUUGGAGAGUCCCUACCGGAGCCCACGGCGCCUGAGUUCCCCAAGCUCGUGCCCAAGAAUACCUAUGACGCCUUUAUUCACACACCCUUGGCAACCAUCCUCGAGCACGCGGGCAUCGAGCGGGUAAUUGUCGUCGGAGUCAUGACGGACUGUUGUGUCGACACGACAGGUAGAGCGGCCUUCAAUCGCGGGUAUGAGACAUGGGUUAUAUCCGAUGCUUGUGGCAGUGCGAAUAGUAGACAGCACGAAGCGGGCAUUCGAGGAUUCAAGUUCGCGUUCGGCGAGGUGAUGACCACGCAGGAGGCGCUCAGACGGAUGACCACCUGA